AUGAGUGCCUUAUUUACUUCCGCAACUAGAAGUGCAUCCAGAAGACUUACCAUUCAAACUCCAACGGCGAUGAGAUCGUUGGCAUUGAAUAGAAGCGCUACCCUUCCAUUAAACUUUAGACUGUACUCUGAUGCCGCCAAGGAUAAGGAACAGAAGGAAGAACAGAAAUCUGACGAAAAUCUGACUGAAGAACAAAAGAAGAUCAAGGAAUUGGAAACUAAAUUGGAAACCAAGUCCAAGGAAGCUGUCGAAUUAAAGGAUAGUUUACUAAGAUCUGUUGCCGACUUUAGAAACUUACAAAAUGUUACGAAAAAGGAUAUUCAAAAGGCUAAGGAUUUUGCACUUCAAAAAUUUGCUAAGGAUUUGUUGGAGUCCGUCGAUAACUUCGGUCAUGCCCUAUCUGCUUUCAAGGAAGAAGAUCUUGAGAAAUCUAAGGAGAUUAGCGACUUAUACACUGGUGUUAGGAUGACCAGAGAUGUGUUCGAAAAGACCUUGAAAAAACAUGGGAUUGAAAAGUUAGACCCAAUUGGUGAGACUUUUGAUCCAAACAAGCAUGAAGCCACUUUCGAACUUGCACAACCAGACAAGGAACCAGGAACCGUCUUUCACGUUCAACAAAUUGGUUUCACAUUAAACGAUAGAGUCAUCAGACCUGCAAAGGUUGGUAUUGUUAAGUCUACUGAUGAGUAA